GGCCAGGGUCGGCGAGGGAAGACGAAAAGGAUUGUUGAUCGGUGGACGUGUUGCUUCUGUGCGGCCGAAGGGAGGAACGGGAGCAACAAACGGGUCGUGGGUUGGAGUCAGCGGCGACUGAACACUCAUCAGCCCUCACAAGACGGUACAAGGGGCACCAUGCACCCGGGCUUCGCCAUUGGCCUAGUCUUUCUGGGGUGCAGUAGCAACGUUGUGUUCCUGGAGCUGUUGGUCAGGGAUUUUCCAGGAUGUGGGAACAUUGUGACAUUUGGACAGUUCCUGUUUAUAGCACUGGAAGGCUUAAUCUUUCAAGCUCACUUUCUCACAAAGCCCAGAGCAAUUCCUUUGAGGAACUACUUCAUUAUGGUGUCCAUGUUUUUCGUUGUGAGUGUGGUUAAUAAUUAUGCCCUCAACUUCAAUAUUCCAAUGCCUUUGCACAUGAUCUUCAGAUCAGGCUCUUUGAUUGCCAACAUGGUACUGGGAAUUGUCAUAUUAAAGAAAAGAUACACAUUUGCGAAGUAUAUUUCAAUUGCUUUGGUUUCUCUGGGGAUAUUUAUCUGUACAUUAAUGUCAGCAAAACAAGUGUCUUCGCAUACAAGUGUGUCUGAGGAUGGCGGUUUUUAUGCGUUAAUGCAGUGGUUGAUAGGAGUUGCUAUGCUAACCUUUGCACUUUUCAUGUCAGCUAGAAUGGGCAUCUUUCAAGAAACGUUAUACAAGCAGUAUGGGAAGCACUCCAAGGAGGCACUGUUUUAUAACCAUUUCCUGCCAUUACCUGCCUUCCUGUUGUUUACCUCAGACAUCUACAAUCAUGGAAUCCUCUUCAGCCAGUCUAAAUCGAUUGAACUUGUACCCCUGGGACUAACCAUACCGGUUAUGUGGUUUUACCUCAUGAUGAAUGUUCUAACUCAAUAUGUUUGCAUUCGUGGUGUGUUUAUUUUGACAACAGAGUGCACAUCUUUAACAGUUACGCUCGUUGUGACACUUCGCAAGUUUAUCAGCCUGAUCUUCUCCAUAAUUUACUUCAAGAACCCCUUCACUUUCUGGCACUGGAUUGGAACAUCAGUGGUCUUUGUUGGAACACUCACUUAUGCUGAAGUUUGGAAGAAUUUCAUGCCACUCCUGCAUGGAAAGAGGAAGGAGGACUAGUUUAUCCCUGGGGAAUGAGUUGAGAUCCAAAGUGGUUACAUAGGAUGCCCACUGAUUUAGUGGAGACUGGGUGGUCUUCAGGUGUUCUUUCAGAAAACUUUCUUUUUUGGAAACUUGGCAUUUAUCCUGGAGAAUAAAGUGAAUUGUUUCUUUCCUGUGAAACUAUUCUUUUGUCUGCUGCCUCCCAUUUCUGAACUUUAAACCAGGUAAGUGUGUAAAUGGUGCUUCAAACAGAGCUGUUGUCAGAAGGACACAGAACCAUAUGAAUUAUUGCUGAACUUAUGCUUCGAAGUUGAAAUAAUAUGUGUAUACAUAAAACAUUGAUCCUUUUAUUGCAUUUUUAGUAAAAAUUAAUUGCUUUAAUUGUUGGUCCUGUGCUGGGUUAAAACUUUGAGGGACCGGAUGGCACUGUGAGUUUAAUGCACUGGCUCAAGAACUUUGACUUAGUUCCGUAUCUAUGUAAGAGCAAUUGGGAUGUUUAUGACUUUGGAACGUAUCAGGUUAUAAAAUGGGAGAUUUUAUAUUUUUAAAAAAUCCUGAUUUAUUGAGAUGUGAAGAGGCUCUAUUAUCCAGAAGAGCACACGAAAUAGGAGGAGUUGGCCAUUUGGCCUGUCAAGUCAGUACCCCCAAAUUCCUUAAUGACUUCAAUAUUCAUUGCUUUAAUAUUGCGAGCUACCUUAAGUGGAGAAUUGAAUAUUGAGAUUUUUGGGAUGAUUUAAUUUCUUUCAGGAAAUAAAUUUCAUUUGAUAAAGCCUGUGGGAAUAUGGGGUCACUGCUUAUAACAAUGAGAGUUUUAUUUGGUAAGAUAACUGUUAAGUGUAUGUAUAAUAUCAACUCUGGUGUUAUUACCAGAACAAAUAUGAAGGAGUAAAUGGAACCUUUUGGUUUAAUAUUCCUAUAAUAUAUAUGUUCUUUAAUAUAUAACAGAUUUGGCUGCAAAGAAGUUCUAAACACUUAGAAGGGCAUUUUUGAUGUUGUGGUCAAUAGUUUUGUACUUUGUGGCGCAUCGGGCAGCAACCUUGCUGUUUCUUUAGCACUUUGUCUAAUUUUUACGAGGCCAAGUUGCUAGCUCGAUGCUCAACUCAGCAGGGAUGGAAAGCGUGCAAGGAGCUGGCCAGAUUCGAAAACAGGACCACUUGCCUUGAAGUCCAGAAGGCAGUUUCUAUUUGUAUGCUACCUGUUAGUAUAUCACAACUCACCCUCACCAGUGUGUUCACAGCAGGGUUUUUGAACAGAAACUUUCACCAGUCCUAAAGAGAUGCUGGUGGAGGUGACCAAAAGGUCAGCUAAAGUCAUCAGAUUCAUCUUAAGGGAUGAAGAGAGUUGGGAUAUGGGAUAGGAUAAAGUCAUAAGGAUCAUUGUGAAGGGAAAAGAGAGGUAGAAAAGUCGAAGAAAUUUCAGAGCUUGGUGGCUGCAGUAAGUUACUAAUGUAGUGAUUAAGUUUGGGAGUGAUUACAAGAUCAAAAUUAGAGAAAAUUAGAGAUAGUUGAAGGUCUGGUGGAAAUUAAAGAAGGGGCAAAGGUGGCAUGGACAAAUUUUAAAGCCAGAAUAAUUGUUAAAUUCACACUUAGCCAGGGAGUAAUGGUUCUUAUGAGGAAAGGUUAGAUAGGCUGUAUCUGCUGGAGUUUAAAACAUAGAAGAAGUUGAGUGGUCUUGACAGGCUGGUUGUAGGGAGCAUGUUUCCUUUUGUAAGAGGAUCUAGAACUAGGAGUCACUAUUUAACAACAAAGAGAUGCUCAUUUAACACAGAAUUAGGCAAAAUAUUUUUUUGAGGUUUGAGAGUCUUUGGAACUCUUCAAAAUCAGUACGUGGGAUCAAUGAAUAUUUUUAAGGCAGAUCAACAAGGUUACUGUGGACAGACUGGAAUGCAAAGUUGAGGUUAAAGUCAGAUCAGCCACAAUGGUGGAGCAGGCUUGAGGGGCCAAAUAAUCAAACCUGAUUAUAAUGCGUAAACUGUAUGUAAGCAUGAGGGUGAUAGCAGGAUAUGGGUAGCAGAAUUUUGGAUGACAUUAAAUUUAAGAUAAUAGAAAGCGGGAUGCCAAUUUGUGGGAAUAAUCAGGCCUGGAAUUAACAGCGAUGUGAAUGAAAUUUUUGGGAGCAGAUGAGCUGAUUCAGGCAUGGAGUAGAUUCAGGUAUGUUACAGAGAUGGAAAUCAAAAGUCCGAGUUCCAUAACUCCAAGGUUAUAGGAAAAAUCUGUUGAAGUUUUGGAUUGUUGCCAGGAAUAAAUCAGGAUCAGUUUUAUUUUCGCUGAUUAUGUUGUGAUUUGUUCUGCAGUAGCAGUUCACUGCAGUACAUUUUUAUUCCUAUAAAUUACAAUUCAUGGUGGCAUCCGUUAGUCUCACGAGAUUAUGGAUCUGCGCCUGGAAGGUCUUGCUUCAGUCUGUGUUAGAGCAGCGUCUGUUGUGGCUGUAGAGGCCCACAUGGGAGUGACAGUCUCAGCUGUAGUGACUGCACUUGAAGGCGCUGUCCUCCAGUGUUGUCUUGGUGCUGUUUUUCCGACGAAUGUGCACUUUUCUUCAGCAGCAAGCCUCAGCUUCUCUUCUCCUCUUUUUAGACCUCUGCUUAGUUCCAGCCUCCAGCGAGAGCAAUCGCUUGCGAUGUCCUCCGAAAAAGUAAAUAGCGCAGAGAGCAAAAUAGCGAGGCAGUCUUUAUUGGUUCAUGGACUGUUCAGAAAUUUGAUGGCGGAGGGGAAGAAGCUGCUCCCAAAAUAUAUGCAUGUCUUCAGGCUCCUGUUCCUCCUCCCUGAUGGUAGUAAUGAGUAGAGGGCAUGGCCUGGAUGAUGAGGAUCCUUCACGAUAGAUGUUGCCUUCUUAAGAUAUUGCCUUUGUUGAUGUUCUCUGGUGGGGAGGCCAGUGCCCUUGGAGCUGAUUGAGUUUGCAGCCUUCUGCAGCUUCUUCAAAUUCAAUGUAUCGGCACCUGCUUACCAGUUUGAUAAUUGCAGCCAGUCAGAGUGCUCUGCAGAACACAUCUGUAGAAAUUUGGUGGCAGACCAAAUCUCCACAAACUCCUAAUGAAAUAUUCUGGCAUGCCUUCUUCAGAAUUGCAUCAAUAUGUUUGGCCCAGGAUAGAUCUUCAGAGAUGCUGACACUCAUGAACUUGAUUGAAGCUGCUCACUUUGCCACUGCUGACCCCUUGAUGAAAACUUGUGUGAUCUCCCCAUUUCUGCUUCUGGCUAAACAACAGAGUUGUGGCAGGAAAUAAACACUGUGGCUUCAGCCUUCCUGGUAUUUGGCUGGACGAAAUUUCAGAGCAACCAGUCACGCGGAUCAGGCAGUUUGAUAAUUUAGAGUAAUUGGGUGUCCUCACUAACACAUGGAAAAAUUUUUGGGUGAAUGGAUAAAAAGUAGAAGGGGCCUAAGAAUUGGACACUUUGGUAAGCAUCAUGAGACCCAACAAGAGAAUCCAUUCUGGGUGAUUCUCAGAUUGAUGCAUAGAAAUGGGUGAAUAGAAUCCCACCUUGCUGAGUAGUAUAGUAGCAAAGAGGUAGUUUAGAAUGUUACUAUGGUGAUGCACAUCAGAACCUGUGAACAGGGCGACAGAAAUACCUGGGUAUUUCUGGUCAGGGUAGCAGACACCUUCUCUUCCCAGUUUUGUAUUUUAAUUAAACAGCUGAAUGCUAAUGCGACUCUAAUGUUAUGAGGACUGAGAUGGCUAUAGGAAGGCGGGAAGCUGCCUACCUGGCAGCUACUGCACUUCAAAAGUAAUUCAUUAUGUGAUAAACUUCGAAGUAUUUCCUUGUAAAUGAACAAAAUCUGUAAACAGGCUGGUGUCUUCAGAAGUGCUGACACUUGAGAUUUUAUUAAUUAUUUAUUGAUUUCUUCUCUGUUUAGUAUGAGCAAUUUGCUGGAAUGGAAAAUGAUUAUAUGCUCUAUCACUCUCCAUCUCCCCGGUGAAUCUUGCAAGUAAUAUAAAACCAGUAACCGAAGAGUGAUGGCACAACUAUAUUUUCUGGCUCUUAGUUACUGUGAUUGAUGUGAUUUGAAAGUGCUGUCUGGGAACAUUUUUAUAUAUAAAACCACCUGCUGCGCCAGUCAUUGGAGUAAUUGGGGAGGGAGGCCUUUCUUAUGAUAUCAAACUAAGGCAACUUUUACACAUCAUUGACUGCUCCUGGCACAUUUAACACAUCACUUUAGAGUAGGCGACAAAAAUUCUUAACAUUUACACUUCUGGAACAGUUCAGUGGAAGAGUCUUUGCCUUUAUAGAGCUAUUAAAAGUAUUGAAUAUUGCUUUGAGAGGGUGCCUGAUUUAAAGUGUGUGCAGUGAUUAGACUUCUAAUAUAAGAUCAGUAUCUGAGUAUUCUGCUGCAGAUUGUGAUGCAUUUACUUUCAUCAAUAAAAUGCAUUCUUUUCCAUUUCCUCCUUCAGUUUGUGUCUGUCUAACAUGUUGUCAUCCUGUCUGAUUUGGUCUUGGUUUGCAAGUCCUGAGCCCAUGAGAUAACACAGUAUUAUUCUUUUUUCUUUGUAACCUGUGUUCCAUCCAUGGUCCAUCCAUUCCCCAAACAAUUUUGGUUGUAGUACACUUACAUACAAAAGGGUGGAUGGGAGUCUUAGAGUACCCAGAUCUACAGUAUGUAGUUGAAUUCUUCAACUUGGAAGCAGAAAUUCCAUGCCUAUGCUUGGAACCCAGAUGCACCUAAUCAUUCGGCUUGUGGGGCUUGAACAGCAAUUCAUUGAGUGGAGGAUUUAGAAAGUCGUGUCCUUGGUCUCACCAAAGUGACUCUUAAUGUUCUCUGGAAGAUGCAAGUAAUUCCUGCACUUGGCCCAUAAUUAUUACGGCUCUGUAAGGAAAGUUGGUUUGUAACUAAAGUUUGUUUAAAGUAUAAGUGCUAAAGUACAUACACAAAAGGAAAAACACUGCAAUUAUACAAUUCUUGUUAGACACUUUGCAAUCAACUGAGUAAAUUAUGUUGUAAAGUAAAAUAUUCAUCAGCUUUUUUGUUUUAGUGUUUUAUGAUUCCUCAAGCAACCAUAGAAACAUAGAAAACCUACAGCACAAUACAAGCCCUUCGGCCCACAAAGUUGUGCCGAACGUGUCCCUACCUUAGAGAUUACUAGACUUGCCCAUAGCCCUCUAUUUUUCUAAGCUCCAUGUACCUAUCCAAAAGUCUCUUAAAAAACCCUAAUGUAUCCACCUCCACAACCGUUGCCAGCAGCCCAUUCCACGCACUCACCACUCUUUGCGUAAAAAAGAAAAACCUUAACCCUGACAUCUCCUCUGUACCUACUCCCCAGCACCUUAAACC